UCGAUAUGAAACGAAUCUUGGUUUUCAAUUCAAUUAAACCGGUUUUGACCAAAAUAAGAUAAUUAAAAUACCUAAAAAGUCAAAUAGGUGAGUCAUAAUUUCAUAUAAAAAAACUUUGAGUUAGGACAAAACUUUAUAGUAAAAUUUCUAUAAAAAAAAAGAAAAAAAAAGAGAGAGAGAGUAACGUUGGUAGUGAUAGAUGGGUAUGUGGCAUCCAAUAACAGAGUGGAGAUAUCCAUGGUUCAAUUCAAAGCAACCAUAAGAUUAGCUCAAAGAACACAACACUUUUUUUGAUACAUAUUUUGACAAUUACAUGUCCGCUCACUUGUUCCUUUCCCUUCAAUUUCUCAAUCUCUGUUAGUUCUCACCUCUAAAUCUUAUUAUUUUUAUCAUUCAUGCAUCAUUCAUGAUGCAUCGUCAUCAUCCUUUCGAUUUCACAAACGUUUCUUUAUGGUUCUCUAGGUAAAAAGUCUCUUUUUCUGCAAUUUUACACUUUCUUCUCUGCAUGUAUUUCAAACUAGUAGAUAAUUCAUAAUUAGACUCCCAUUGCAAAAGAAAAAAAAACCCAAAACUUUCACCGACAUAACAACGACUCUUCAUCAUAAACUUUCUUCUACUUAAAAAAUUUCCAAUUUUUACUUCUCAAAAUUUCAUCUUCUUCUCCAGGUAACGAUUUUAUUAUUAUGCCUCUCUACGCGUAAAUAAAAUACGCGUUAAUUAAAAAUAGAAACUUUUUUUUCUCUUCUUGUAACUUUUUCUGUGAAUAUAUAAAAGGGAACACAGUGUUCGAGAAAGAGGUACAAAUUGUUGAAACCGACACUUCAAAGAAAGACUCGAUUUUUAUUUUAUUUUUCCGAACCAGAAGAAGUGAAGAUGGUGAGCGAAUUAGAGAAUUCUGGAAUCGAUGAAGAAGAAGAAGAAGAGAUUAGUGAAUCUCCCCCGAAACUGGUUUUUAAAUUCGCGUUUCAGACUGAAACUUUCGAGAGGUUGAGUAGAGAAGGUUACAGAUCGUUGUUGAGUGAUGGUUCCGGUGCGGAGAGCGAGGGUAGUGUUUUGUGUUCUUCUUCUCCGGCGAUUUUUACGGCGGCGGCAAGUAAAUACGAGACAGCGUCGGCGAAAAAUCUUACCUUUGUUAUGGAAAGUCCAAAGGCGGCGACUUUUAGGGUUGAGGAUUGUUUGAAGGAGAAGGAAAAAACAGAGGGUUUAUGUUACUCUGUUUUCUACGGCGAGGAGAAAGCAAGAAAAACAGAGGAUCACUCUGUUUUCCACGGAGAGGAUGGUGUGAAAACAGAGUAUCAUCACUCUGUUUCUUCAGUGGAUGAUAAAAAAAUCAGAUUUUUAACCGAGGAAGAUUUUUUAGAAUCGGAUUCUGAUUUCGUUGAUUCGAGUCAGACGUUCACAAGCAACGAUGAAGAUGGGUUCUUAUCAGAUUCAGAUUUCGCAGAAGCAUCACCGGAAGAAGAGCAAACCCGUAAAAACGAAAGUUCUGAUUCUGAUUCAGAGGAAGAAGAAGAAGAAGAAGAUGGGUUUGAGAGUUUAUGGGAGCAUCAAGAUUUGAUAGAACAACUCAAGAUGGAGAUGAAGAAAGUCAAAGCAAUAGGUGGGCUUCCGACAAUUCGUGAAGAAGAAGAAGAUGAUGAAGAAGAUGAUUAUGAUUGUCCUAAGAUCAUGGAAGACUUAAAACCAUGGAGGAUAGAAGAAGAGAAGAAGUUCAAACAUGUUGAUACCAUUGGUGAAGUUCAUAAGUUCCAUAGAAGUUACAGAGAAAGAAUGAGAAAACUCGAUAUCUUGAGUUUUCAAAAGUCUUAUGCUCUUGGGCUUCUUCAAUUAAAGAACCCUCAACAAGCAGCAACCUCGGCCGUUGGAUCCUCUCCUUCACAGGCAUCUUUUUCAUCGGUUUUCUCGGUUAAUAUUCGGUUAUGGAAACCGAAGAAAUCGGAAACUGAACCAAUGGUUCAAUUCAUAAAAGAAAUUCAAGGGGAAUUAGAGAAUGUAUACGUUGGUCACAUGUGUUUGUCAUGGGAGAUACUUCACUGGCAAUAUGAAAAGGCCAUUGAGUUACUAGAGUCUGAUAUGUAUGGAUCUCGUCGGUAUAACGAAGUCGCUGGAGAAUUCCAACAGUUUCAGGUUUUGCUACAGAGAUUUCUUGAAAACGAGCCGUUCGAAGAGCCUAGAGUGCAACAUUACAUCAAGAGACGUUGUGUUCUUCGUAAUCUCCUUCAGGUCCCGGUUAUUCGAGAUGGAAACAAGGAUAAAAAGAAUGGAAGAAGAAGAGAUCAUGAGGAAAAUGAUGACGGUGCAAUUAAAAGCGAUCAACUAGUUGAACUUAUGGAAGAAACAAUUCGAUUAUUCUGGCUAUAUGUACGGUGUGAUAAGCUUUCUAGCUCCAUACAUGAUCAGAAAUCGCGAACCAAAUCACAGAUAGAACCAGAUCAUGAAGAAGACUCAGAAGAUCUAGAGAUGUUCGCCGAGGUUAAAUCACAACUUCAAAAUAAGGAGAAAAGGUUGAAAGAUGUGUUGAAGAGUGAGAGAUGUAUUAUAAGAAGAUUCCAAAAGCACAAAGAAGAAGAUUCAGCAGAAGAUCAAGUGCUUUACUUCUUUUCACAAGUGGACAUGAAACUUGUGACAAGGGUCUUGAAUAUGUCCAAAUUGACUAGAGAUCAUUUGGUCUGGUGUCGCAAUAAAUUGACCAAGAUUAACUUUGUGAAUAGAAGGUUACAUUUAGAUCCUUCCUUUUGCCUCUUCCCUUGUUAACAUAUUGACAAAUUUGUACAUUGGAGUAAUAAUAAAAACACAAAUUUUGGCCUCA